AUGCCCCCAUCUUCUCAUGCGCGGUUUUUUUGUGCCCGUCCUGACGGGACUCUGACUCCACUUGUUGCCCUUGAUGACUUCCCACCAGGAGUCAUGAUUAGGGACCUGCCACGAAACCUUGGUGCAGGUGAUACCCAAGGGAUGACAAGUUGUGGACUGGCCAGUCCUCGGGCUAAGCCCUUGGACAUUGGAGGAGUGGCACAUGUUUACCCCAGUGUUCCCGGAAGUCAUGACAUCGAGGAAUUGCAUAAGACUCUGGUCCUUAUCCUCCAUGACAGCAAGGCCCCAUCCCACAUCCGUACGCUUGUGCAGAACACAUUGUGCCGUGUCGUCGAACAGUCUGUUGGUUUGGCUUCUGAAAUGACCAACACCACCCCGCCUGGUUUCGUUCAUGCAGGCAAAGUUCAUAGCCCCGCGACCUCCGGACCUUCGGUCAGCGCUCAGUCCGGCCGAGCUGUAAGUUUGAAAUACCCACUUGACAUAUCGUUGUUCAGAUUGCUGACCCUUCAUAUCUUGGGCAGUAUAACUCUACCCGCGGACAGGCCCACAAGAAGGAGUUCUGUUCGUACUGGAUUCGUCACGGCGAGCUGUAUGUACAGGCACGAGAUGCCAUUGGACGCCGCCAGUGUGGCUCGACUCGGUCUGCGGGACAUACCAAGAUGGUACCGCGACAAAUUCCAAGUGCCGAGCAUCAUGGCUGAAGUGCUCGAAUAUGAGCAAUCUGCGGAUGCGCCUCGCAAUCCCGCUGCGUCGGCUCCUCACAUAUUCGCUUCUCGUGCCAUCGAGCACAAUGUUGCUACCCCAGCCGGUUCCGCUGCCGCCGGCAAGAAUGAGGGCGGAAAUGGAAUUGCCCGGGGAAACGCCCCCCGUGGACCUGCCAGAUUCAAUGGCACUCCUCCUCGUGGUCCUGCUGCCAACAAUGGCCACGGUGGAAAUUUCAACGGCCACCGAGGCGGAAAUCGUAGCGCCAGUGCGAAUGGACGUGGUGCAUACGGCUGGAAGAACGGCCGUGGGGGUGGUCGAAACAGGUUCCUAAAUUCCCCUCUUCGCGCCCGCCGGAGUUCCAGCGAAUGGAGUCAGGACCAGGAGUCCCAGGAGCAGGAGUCGGGUAAGCUCGCGAUGUACUCGUAUGGACAAUUCGGCGGACUAAUGAACACAGAUCGUGGCCGCUCCAUCGAACCAGUCCCAAAAGCGCCUGUGGCCUCGAGCGACACCAAGUCGAAUGACGAAGCUGCGAUUCCCGUUCCUGUUCUGUCUGAGGGUGUUGGGUUGACUUCGAUUAUGGAAGAAAUCGGUGGUCCCAGCUCUGGAAUGUAUGGCGCCACGAACCAUGGCGUUUCCGGCAACGAGGAUGCCUCGCGCGGACCGAGUCAAGCACUCCGACGGCAUAGUGCCCAGAAGUUUUCGCGAGCUUCAAAUCAGUCUUCCGAUGGCGGAGUCCUUCUGCCAGAGUCCGUCACCCGGGCUCAUGACCCUGGUUCCUCGCAGAGGAAUAUUGAAGCCGCCCGCCGCUUCCUUUUUGGCCGCGGCGAUGAUGGUAGCUGGAGGUCUCAUGGUCAAUCUGUCUCUGGUUUCAUGGAGCGUAAUGAGGCGACGAUUGAAGGUCAGGACGCUUGCUUCACCUGGGGCCCGGUGGGUGGUCCGAUCUUGAAAGAUGCCAGUGGUAAUAUCCCGGACUCCUCUGUCUUCGGAAAGUAUCCUCUGGGUCCGUUGGAUGAGUAG